AUAUAUAUAUAUAUAUAGCUACAUAUUUCGUUUAGAUGUUAUAUUAAGAUUAAAUCACAUUAACAUUUUUGACAUAAUGGCAUUUCAGCUGAGUACAGAGUAUGAAGCAUUAAAGCAUGAUGUAAAGAUAUUAUUUUCACAGUUUUAUGACAAACAAAGUGUGAGAUUUGAAGAUUUUGCUGCUGAAUGGAAAGCUUUAAAUUUUACGUCUAUAUUUGCUGCUAAUUAUAGAAAUACAUCGUCAGCUAAAAUGAGAAUUGUUGAACGUGCGUUUAGAGUUGCCAGUGAAUUUCUGUCAGAAGAAUCAACUUUUUUAUACAGAGUUGCAACAGUUUACAUGUUUUACACUGUUUAUUUAAAACAACUUUGUGUUCCUAAAGUGAAAAUUAGAAUGACACCCACAAUGUGGAAAGAUUUAAUGGAUUUCUUAGGUAUUGUAGUGGAACACCAACAUUUAGAUGUAGCAUAUAUUAUUCAGUACCUAAGAGAUCAUCAUGCUUUUAUAUAUACAGCUUUACCUAAGCAAAUUAUGUUUGGACGUAACGAGUUUAUGCUUGGAGUUGAAGGAAUGAACACGCUGCGUCACACCUAUGAAGCAGACAAAUAUAUAAACAAUUUUGUUAAAAACAGCGAUACCAUAGACACACUAAAAAAUUUGCAACUUGAGUAUAAUGAAGUUAGGCAAAAGGUCCUUGAUGAGUCAGAGAAAGAAGAACAAAAAUGCUUAUCGAAAAUGAUAUUUUAUUCUAAUUUAGAGUUUCCAGAUGCAUUUGAAGAUAUAAUGAAUACUCAUAAAAAUUUAUACAUGGAAGGAUUAUCAUUUAAACCAGAUAUGUCAGAUACCACACAGCGACCAGUGCUUUCCCAAUUGCAAAAACUUAAGGAUAAAAAGGACACCAUGAAUAAAGGUAAAGAUGUUUCAAGAGCUACCACGAUAUCUAAAAUAAAACAAAAAUCAUGGGAAACAAGUGUUUCACACUCUUCUAGAAAAAGAAUGUGUGUGUCGGAAGAACAAAAUGAAAUUUCUGAUGACAUAGAUGGAAAUGUAUUUUAUAAAAAAAGUGCCAUGCUGCAACCAUUCAAACAUAAAGCUGGCAAACGUUCCUUAGCAACCAGAGGGGUACGUUACAAAGUGAGCCCUGAUAUCUAGCUACUAAUGACAAAAACAAUGCAAUUUUAGUUUAAUAAUUUUAAAACUAUUUAUUGUAGUUUUUGCAUGUUAUAUGAGGGUUCUGUCUCGCUGGAAACGCCAAAAAAAACAUGGGGGCUGUCGGACAACUUUUGGCGUUUUAAAAAAACUUUUAUUACCAUGUACAUAUUUAUUAGCGGUGCAGUGGUAGAGGAAGAGUUCUGAAAAGAACUGUUUUUUUAUAUCAUUUAUUCCAUAAAUAGCUGUUAUAAAAUCCCACAAGUAAUAAACUGAGUGUACAAUGACAAAAUAGCACCUUUCUUCCGCUCAACAAAAUUUAAAUGACAACAAUGAGCCCGCACAUUGCAUUUUGGAUGGUUUCGGACAGGCCCAGGCUUUUCCGGGCAGUUACAGACGAAAACCUUGAAAGGACCGCCCUCACAUAUAUGGUGCUUUCAGCGAGUCAGCAUCCUCUUCGUGUUAUAAAUGCUGUAUAAAGUUUUUUUAGCAUUAUUAUUGUUAUUAUUAAAGUCCCGAUAUAAAGUUUUCAAUUGAUAUGUGAUAAUGUGCGUGACAUGUUCUAUCUUUUUGUUAUUAUUAUUGUUCAAAUCAUCUUCAUUUAGGCUAACUUAGUAUUGUUAGCAUAUUGUAAAAUAUUGCAAAAUAAAAAUUCAUAGGGAAAUUAUACUACCAAAUCAUAAUUUUUACUAUUAUUAUUAUUAUUAUUAUUAUUAUUAUUAUUAUUAUUAUUAUUAUUAUUAUUAUUAUUAUUAUUAUUAUUAUUAUUAUUAUUAUUAUUAUUAUUAUUAUUAUUAUUAUUAUUAUUAUUAUUAUUAUUAUUAUUAUUAUUAUUAUUAUUAUUAUUAUUAUUAUUAUUAUUAUUAAUUAUUAUUAUUAUUAUUAUUAUUAUUAUUAUUAUUGUUAUUAUUAUUAUUAUUACUAGUCGAUAAAGGCCAUGGAAAAUCCACUGAGGCGUCAGCAACCUAUCCACAAUAAAAAUUUUGAACUUGUUUUCAUGUUGCCUCUAUUGUGUAGAGCUUAAAGCGCUGAUCAAGAAAAUUUAUAUGAUCAAUGACUGAUGAAUGGUCAAACCACAAUUUUUUUCGUUUGUUUUUACACCUGUUGCCUUUAUCGUAUAGAUCUUCAAACGCUGGUCAAAAAAUGUAUAGAAUUAUGUACCUUAAGUGUAUUAAUUUUUGCGAGGAUUAAUUUUCCGUGACCUUUUUGGCCAAAUUCGGAUUAAAAUAUUUUUAGUAGAUAUAUAAAUAUACCAUAUGAUUCAAGUUUGUUAUAUUUCUCUUUUAUGUGGUGUCAACUAUUAAUUUCUUAUAUUUUGAGUAUAACUGUAGAAGUAAUGCGUUAUGCAAUAUAGACUAAAUAAUUGAUCUCGCAUGACUUAACGAAAAAUGUUGGAUUUUAUUUAA